AUGGCGGAGACGUACUACUACCAGGAGGGCUUCCUGUACCCGCCCACGCCGCCGUCGCCGCUGUGCGGCUACCUGGGCGAGCUGCCGGCGUGCCUGGAGGAGCUGCAGCCCUACCCGGCGUGCUGCUACCUGGAGGCGGCGCCGGGCGCCGGCUACCUGCCGUGCGAGCCGCCCCCGAGCCUGCCCCCGCCGCCCCCGCCGCCGCCGCCGCUGCUGCCUCCAGCCCAGCCCUGCGCAGGGGGGCCGGAGGCGGCGGGCAAGGCGCGCAAGGAGCGCACGGCCUUCACCAAGAGGCAGAUCCGCGAGCUGGAGGCGGAGUUCGCCCACUCCAACUACCUGACCCGUCUGCGGCGCUACGAGCUGUCCGUCGCGCUCGACCUCAGCGAGAGACAGGUGUGGACCCGUAUCGCCUGCCCCGCUCUGCUACCAUGUGCACUGCCGUAG